AUGGCUCCCAGGCUGAGCUCCAACCCCCCUGUCACUGGGGGCUGCCAUUGGGUCAUAGCAGAGCAACCUGGAGUGGCCGGUGGCUGUUUGUCCUCGGAGCUGUCUUUCCUGCUGGAGCCGAGUGAUGUGAUCGCAGUGAGGGAAAGGCCGCUCAUGCUGGACUGUAGGGUGCAGGGGGACGAACCAAUCAUGGUAACGUGGCGUAAAAACGGGGUGCCUUUACCCACCAGCCAGCGGAUUCAGGUGCUGGCUAAUGGCACGCUGUUCAUCCAGAGCUUCCAGAAGAGAAGAGAGGGGAGUGACGCGGAUAUGGGCGAAUACGAGUGUGCUGCCCAAAAUCGCUAUGGCAUGCUGGUCAGCCGCAAGGCCAAAGUCCAUUUGGCAUCUCUUCCUAAGUUCCACACCCACCCACUGUCCAUGUCAGUGGAUGAGGGAAGCGUAGCUCGCUUCCAGUGUCAGAUCAACGGAGUCCCUGAAGCUAACAUCACCUGGGAGAGAGACAGAGUCCGACUCAACACCACAGACAUCAGAUACACUCUCCUGCCGAUGGGUAUCCUCCAGGUGACCGGGGUCAGGCAGGCGGACGCAGGCGUUUUCCGCUGUGUCGCCACCAACAUCGCCAACACUCGUUACAGCCACGAGGCCAUGCUCAACAUCACUGGUGGAGCUCCCAGAACCUACAAGGAGCCGGUCAUCCUGUCAGGGCCCCAGAAUCUGACCCUCACUGUCCAUCAGACGGCCAUCUUGGAGUGCAUCGCCACAGGAAACCCAAGGCCCAUUGUUUCCUGGAGCAGGCUAGACGGACGCUCCAUCGGGGUGGAGGGUAUCCAGGUUCUGGGGACGGGGAACCUGAUGAUCUCAGAUGUUUCCCUGCAGCACUCUGGUGUGUAUGUGUGUGCUGCAAAUCGACCCGGUACCAGGAUGAGACGUACUGCACUCGGACGACUUGUGGUACAAGCUCCUCCUGAGUUCUUGCAGUGGCCCCAGUCUGUGUCCAAGCCAGCAGGGGGCAGUGCUGUGUUCACCUGUGUGGCCCAGGGUGUCCCCGAGCCUCAUCUCAUCUGGCUGAAGAAUGGCAAGGUCCUUAGGCCUGGACACAACAUCAAGCUGACCAAUAACAACAGCACCCUGGCUCUGACCCGGAUCAGCUCAGAGGAUGAGGCCAUCUACCAGUGCAUUGCUGAAAACAGUGCUGGCACCAACCAAGCCAGCGCCCGUCUAGCUGUGGCCCAGGCCAAAGACCUGCCCGCGGCCCCCGAGGGCCUGACAGCCACCGCACUGUCCACAAACGCCCUGCAGAUCACAUGGAGCCAGCCUCCUGGAGAAGUCACUGACAGCAUCAUUGGAUACGUCCUGCACAUCCGCAAGAUAGGAGAGCCUGACAGUCUGGAGCUGCAGGAAGCCAUCAGUAAAGGAACCUUCCAGCAUGAUGUGACCAACCUGGAAGCAGCCACCACCUACUCCCUCUUCCUGAAGGCCUACUCUCCUCUGGGAGCCAGCCAGCAGUCCCACACUGUGGUCACUACAACACUAGGGGGCGUUCCAUCCCCUCCCACCUUCUUCACCAAGGUGGUGAACUCCAGCUCGGUGCAGGUCCUCUGGGAGCUCCCCAGUAAGGCCGGGAAGGCUGAGGGCUUCAGGCUGUCCUACCGCAGGGUCCCCCAUGCUGACUUCCAGGGGCCGAUCCAGCUGCCCUGUCACAUCAACGCCCACGUUCUCUCUAACCUGGAACUGGGCGCGGUGUAUGAAAUCAAACUGGUGGCCUACAAUGGAAACGGGGAGAGUGACUGCUCCAAGAGACUGGUGUCACUGGCAGAGGACAGCAUGAGUGACCAACCCACUGGUGAGUGGGACAGUCUGUGUCAGUGUAGGGAUGGAGAUGCCUCUCUGGGCAGCAUUGUCAUUGGCAUUCAUAUCGGCACUGCCUGUAUCAUCUUCUGUGUCCUCUUCCUUAUGUUUGGAUACCGUCGCAGUCUAUUUUGCAGUAAAGGGACUCAGGACAGCUGGUCUGUACAGAGGAACAACAUCGGACACAACGACAUCCCUAAAGAUGUGAAUUGCACCAGAGUGGAGUCAGGACCUCAGCUGGCCUGUCCGGCUCAGUGCCAGGUUGUCAUUGAGCAGCACAUGUCAGGUUUGCCUGGCACAGACACUGGCUAA